GUGAGCGCGAGACCACAGCAUCUUUCAGUCACACGAUCCGGAAAAAAGCACGCAUCUCCUUCCAAACCCGUAUCCGCAUCAUCCUCAUCUUUCUCCUCCUCUCCGGACUUUACUGACAUCCGUAAGCCCAAAGCACUCGAGGCUACGUUCAUGCAAGUGCCAAGGAGCGUUUCAGACGCAACAUUUUUUGUUUUUCCUCUUUUCCUUUCUCAUUAUUUAUUCGACACAUUUCUGAUCUAUUUUUGAGGACUAACCAAUCAUCAUUUGUUCUAUCCAUGAGAAGAGCACCAUUACAGAAGACAAAGCAAAGCUUGAUAAGUUAUAAGAGGAAAUAAUUUUGGACGGGCAGCCUGACAGAACAACAUCCUGCUCCCUGAAUCUUAAUGUGAAUGCUUCAGUCGCGCAUCGCUGUGCAGCCAGGGCUCAGUUUGCUCGUCUACCGUGUUUUUUGAAGGAGCUGAUUAUUAAGCGCAUCUUUAACGAAGCACCCGCUUCAGAUCGGCGCACCCGCAAGCUCAACCCUCUGCUUUUCUCCCAGUCUCAGUUUUGGAGGACAGGAUCGGUUUCGACACGCUUCGUGCGACGGAGAAGCGCGGCGGAGUAUCGGCGUCCGUGAGAAAAUGAUGGCCGGCGGGGCAGUGCAGCAAAACGGCAUUUUCUCCAAUCCGCACCACCACAAUCAGCAGCCGCACAUGGAGUCGGACCCGCCGGACUCCCGCAAGAGACCGCUGGAGACGCCGACCGAGGCGAGCAGCACCAAGCGCACCAACACGGGGGAAGAAGGAGAGUACUUCUUGAAGGUGCUGAUUCCCAGCUACGCUGCAGGCUCAAUUAUUGGCAAGGGAGGCCAGACUAUUGUGCAGCUACAGAAAGAGACAGGUGCCACCAUCAAGCUGUCCAAAUCCAAAGACUUCUAUCCAGGAACGACCGAGCGAGUUUGUUUGAUCCAGGGCACCGUGGAGGCUCUCAACAGUGUCCAUGAUUUUAUAGCCGAGAAAGUCCGGGAGAUGCCUCAGAGUGCUGCCAAAACAGAGCCAGUCAGCAUACUUCAGCCACAGACCACAGUCAACCCCGACCGCAUCAAACAGGCCAAGUUGAUCGUGCCCAACAGCACGGCAGGGCUGAUCAUCGGUAAAGGUGGUGCUACGGUAAAGGCAGUUAUGGAGCAGUCAGGUGCAUGGGUCCAGCUCUCACAGAAACCAGAAGGUAUCAACCUGCAAGAGCGCGUUGUCACCAUCAGUGGGGAACCUGAGCAAAACCGCAAGGCUGUGGAGAUAAUAGUACAGAAAAUCCAGGAGGACCCACAGAGCAGCAGCUGCCUUAACAUCAGCUACUCCAAUGUCACAGGCCCUGUGGCCAACUCCAACCCAACAGGCUCACCGUAUGCUAAUUCUGCAGAGGUGAUGCCUGCUGCAGCUGCUGCAGCUGCUGCCACAGCCUCCAGCCUCUUGGGGCAGGCCAGUCUGGCAGGGGUGGGUGCCUUUCCUGCCGCUGCCAUGUCCAGCUUCUCAGGAAAUGACCUCCUGGCCAUUACAUCAGCUCUUAACACAUUGGCUAGCUAUGGAUAUAACACCAAUUCCCUGGGUCUGGGGCUCAAUCCAGCUGCUGCCUCAGGGGUUCUAGCAGCUGUAGCAGCAAGUGCAAACCCUGCUGCCGCUGCAGCAGCCAAUCUGCUGGCCUCAUACGCCAACGACGCCUCCACCAGUACCGGCCACCCUGCCACUGGCCUGGGAGGAUUUACACUAGGCUCGCUGGCUGCUGCCACCGGGGCUACUAAUGGUUAUCUAAGCGCAGCUUCCCCACUAGUAGCAAGUUCAUUACUGGCCACCGAGAAGCUGGCUGAGGGUGCAAAGGAUGUAGUGGAGAUUGCUGUACCUGAGAACCUGGUGGGAGCUAUCUUGGGCAAAGGUGGCAAGACGCUUGUGGAGUACCAGGAACUGACGGGAGCCCGAAUCCAGAUCUCAAAAAAGGGAGAGUUUGUUCCUGGCACUAGGAACCGAAAAGUCACCAUUACGGGAUCACCCGCUGCCACACAGGCCGCUCAGUAUCUCAUCAGCCAGCGAAUCACAUACGAGCAGGGUGUGAGGGCCACCAAUCCGCAGAAGGUGGGCUAAAACAGGGAGAAAGAAGGAGUGGGGGAUGGAUGGAAAGAUACAGAGAAAGAGAAAGGAGGGCAAUUUUUUGAAGGAAAUCAUCCACUACGUGCUAUGUGCAUAUUUCAGUAUUAAAAAAAGAAGGAAAAUAGUCCACCUUGCAAGAAAAGGAAUGAGUAAAAAUAUGAAAACCAAGAAAAAACAUGUAAAAUGUAUAUAUGGGUUUAUUUCUUAAGUUUUCAUCUUUCAGGAUUUUUUAUUGGUUGAAAAUUUGGUUUAGCUUUUUUUCAGUUUUUCUUUUUUGUUUAUUUUUUUCUGGACAGUGGUGAAUGGUAUUUCAGACUGGCAUGCUUGCUGCAGCUCCCAGCAGGUGGUGGGUUUGGGGGAGAACAGGGUGGAGCAGUUGGACAUGAGCCUACCUGGAAUCAGCCCUGUACCCAUUGCCAGUUCCUUCCUAGAUGACAAGAUUAUUAUUUUUUUAAGUCCUCAGUUUAAUUUCCUACCCCAUGUCCUUAUAUGUGGGCCUGAUGAGACAGAAAGCAAGUGCUUGGGUUUUAGACUUAAAGCAGAUUUCUAAUGUGGUCAAUGGUACGCAGUGCCACCAUACCCGUUGUCCAAGUCCUCGUAAGUCCUAACCAGCACAAUCCCUGCAGGGCAGGCUGGGAUUGGGGAAGUUAGAGGAAGCUGAUUAGGGUCUCUCCUUCUAGCUACUUUCUAAAAAAAAAACAAAACUGGAGUCCUUGUUAAACCAGGUGCAUGCCAUGCAAUGCUAUUGAACAUUUAGCUAGCAUAAGGGAUGUUUGUAGAUCUGGUUGGGGACACAGGCUAAGCAUAAUGCACCUACUUGGAUCAAGUUAGUACCAGAGCAAACAGACAAUGUGGCGAUAUGCAUCUGGUAUUAAUCUAAAUAUUAUUAUUAUUAGUAGUAGUUAUACUUUUAUUACAAAAAUCCUCACCAUUGAUAUUAUUUAUUAAUAUAAUUUUACCCAUCAGGACUGAGGUGUUUUUUUUUAAUUAAUCUGUGAAUUCAGGUUGACAUGAAUGUAAAGACAAUAUUUUGGAUUUAGUUUUUUAUUUAAGUGAAUUGAAUAGUAUGUCACAGUGUAAUAUAUGUCUUAUUUAAUGUCCAGUGACAACUGCACCGUCGGCACCAUCAGAGAGAAUAGGAGCAGGUAUAAUGUACUGUACGUUAAAAUUAAUACAUGGAACACACACACAUGCACACACACUUAGGCACAUACAUUGAAAAAAGGGAACCAUGUCUGACUUAAGGGUAGACAAAUCAGAGAAACUAGACAAUUCACAUAUCAACAUGUCUAAUGAUUUAAAAACAAAAAAAAGUAGACUAUUGCACAAGUUCAAGGGAGUGUACUGAUAAACAGAACAAACUUAUUCAUGAGAUCAAAUCCCUUAUGUCUUGAAAUCCAAUAUAACAUUGUAUACUUUAUUAGAAAAUGUGGUGCAAUCUUAUAUUUAAUUUCAAUAAGCUAAGUGACGAAAUCUGCUCAAGUCAGUUGUCACUGGCCGUGGACACAUUGUGUAGAUGUAUCAUAUAUCAAACAAAAAUAUGUCUCUUUGUGGACAAAUACUACUGAACAACUACAAACAUGAACAAAUCUUUAGUUCUGAUGAGCACAGGGAUGGCAUUUUGUUUAAGUUAUUCCUCUAUUAAUGACUCCAACUUCAUGGUGGCAUGAAGAUUAAAAACAAAAACCUUAAGGUUAAGGGUUGUCUUAUGGGUUGCGUUAUUAGCUAUCCAUGUCCUAAACAGCGGGUACCAUUAGUUUUGGACACUCUUUUGAGCUUAUAAACCCUCUCUGUACUCAUCAGAACUACUUAUGUGCUGCUAACCAGUCCUAUAGACAUGCAUACUUUUGUUGAUAGAAUACACUGAAUUUCGUCUUAAUGCACUGUGAAGUGUGGAGGCCGUGCUCGAAGGCCCAGAAAUCAAGGUUCUAUGUCAGAAAAAAAAAAUCGGAAGGUGGAUUCUUUUUUUUUUUUUUCAAGACGUGUAGGUUGUCAGAAGAAAACAGUUUAGGACAGUCUGGUUUGCUACACACAGAAAACAUCUAACUAAUAACGAAGAACCAGUAUCUUUGGGUACCAAAUUGCUACUAUAUCAGACUUUCAGUUCCCAGCCUUCCUCUAAUGUACCGCCGGCAUUCAUGGUGCCUGCUCCGAUAUUUAAUGUUGAUGAUGGGAAGAAAAUUCCUUGUCCAACUUAAAUGACCCAUGGUCAUUGUGGUUCCAUUCCAAAAAAAUGUAAUUGAAGUUCAUCCGAAAGGAGAUUUUCAAGCAUUUCAGAAUGACCUUUCACUUUGCCAAUGGCCUGGAGGAACAAAAGAAGCAGAAACACAAAUAGAGACCCAGAGCAGCAUCUAGACAGCAGUGUGCUCUCUCUUCACUGACUAAACAUAGAAUUGUCUUCCUCACAAUUUCUCAAUUUGGAACGCCAGGGAGAGUAAAUCUGAACCGAUUGGUAAGGAGACUUCUUUAUUCCCAUCUAACACCAUCAACCUUUCCUCACCUCUUCUCAACCCCUCUUUACUUCCGUGCACCUCCCAUUUUGACACAUCAACCCAAAGACCCCCUUCUCUCACAUCUCUCCAUGGGUGGCAAUGUCUGGUGCUAAAGUGCAUGUUUGCUUGCCCUUUCACAAAACAAUGACUCGACAGAAGAGAUGUGGCUUAGGUGUUGCUGUGUAGAGAGGAACUGCUUGCACUACACUUCAAUGCAGGGCCCCGCUUUAAAAAAGAGACUGUGUGUAGCGCCCUAGUUGGAAGAUAUGUUGGGGUUUAUUUUACGAUUGAGGUAAAUGCAGUUAGCGUAAAGCCUUUAGGAGAAGCUAUGGCUUCAGCUUGCAAGGAAAUAGUUUCGCAUCUUGUUAAACACACUAAUGACACCAGUUACUAUUAAUGCUACUAUCAGCUGCAGAAGACAGUAGUAUUAAUGUUUUCCAAAUGACUGAAGGCAAUGAUGAUUUGAGGCUGCCAUAUUUUCUAGUGAAGAGUGUCGAAACCUGGAGUGCCUCCGCAUUUUAGAGUGCAUCUGAGUCCCACACGUGGAAUUAUACUAUAUACAUGCAUACAAACGAACCAGACUCAUGUCACACAUCAUGAACAUGACAAAAACACACAUGCACCCAGAAGCGCACUUACCCAAACACUGACAUUUUAUCGCAGGAAAAUCGAGGAUAAGGAGGAUUCAUUCAUUUUAAUUACAGAGAAAAAUUUGUUUAGUAACAUUAAGAAAAGCAAGAUAUUACUGUGAACUUUUAAUGUGAACACUAAGAACAGGUGCCAUCAUAGUGUGCCUAGGAGCAGCUUCCUGUUUGUGUUUUUUCUUUUUUUUGUCUCCUUUUAUUUCAGUACUUAAAAUGCAUAUUAUGGGGUAGGGGCACGUCUGCAUUUUUUCAGUUGUUAGUAACUGGGGAACUAGAUAAAAUGUGAUCAGUACUGGAAGCAAUAUACGUAGUAGCAUGUCGUCCUGUCUCGUCUUUUAUUCUGUCUGUGUAGGAGCUUUCGAUUUACCUAGGUGUUGAGUAGGUUUGCGUAUUUAAUAUUUUUUAAGUUGUGAAGAUGCUGCUAUUGAAUAAGUGACGUACUAAAAUUUAAGAUAAACAUAUCUGGUCAGUCGUUUAGCAAGGUGUGCUAGUUCUAAGAGGUGUAAUAAAUGCUACAUGAUAAGAUAAUUGCUAUAUUAAACAGAAUACAUGAACGUGCCAAAAUAGAUCUUUACAGAUUCAGCAACUGUAAAUGUGUGAAUUAAACACCACUAGCUACAAGCAGACUUACUUUUAUAAGUUAAAAAAAAAAAUGUGAAAAGUGCCAAACAAACCACAGUUAAGGUAUAACUAGCAAAGUGGCCGUUUUUUAAAACUAGUAGGAACAAAAUAGAUGUUAGUGCUAUUAAGUUAAAGGUUUUCAGCCCCUCAUGAACUAAUACGAGAGGAAAGUAUGAUGAGGGAAUCAUCUUGCUCACCUGACAAAUGCAUUUAGUGCCAUGUGGCCAUUAAUGCUACAUCACUGGGGAUAGAAGACUGCCAUAGACAUAGGCUAGCAUGAGUUUAAUACGUUAUCAGCAUUCUUAAUACAGCCUUUUCUAGUACUAAAAAUGUAUUUUGUGAAAAUAGAUGUUAUCUUUUUUUGCACGUCUAUAUUGCAUGAUAUCAAAAAGUAAUGUGUGGAUUUAAAAAAAAAAAACAAAAGAUGAAAAUCAUACAAAAAAAAGAAAGAAAACUCAUUAGGCAAUGUGCGUUCAUUUUGAGGACAAAUCUUUGCAUGCCAACACUAAGAGCAUUGGAGUUUUACUUUUCACACUCUGAUCUGUUUUUUUAGUUCUGCAAAGUCUAAACUGAGAAGUUUAUUUUUUUUGUCCAUCUGCAGGAACCAAAAUCAUUCAUACAUAAUCAUUGUGCAUUUAUUUUUGUUUGCAAUUUUGAAGUAUAACAAUAUUUUACAAGAAAGAUGUCCAGAUGUGGUUGUGAUUUUUUUUAGGAGAGCUAAAGCAACCUAAUUAAAAUUGGGUUUAAAACUAUUGUUUUCUUUCUCACUGCAACUGAGGUCUUGUCCUUGAAUGUACUCACCACUGCAUAACUUUGCAUAUCACUUUCAAUCAUGACUUUUAAAGCAUGAUGUGUUUUUGUAUAUUGUGUGCCAAUACUAACAUCUUUUUAGGCUACAUUACACCCAGUGCUUUUUUUUUCUAUUUUUGCCACAUUAUGACUCACAUUGUGCUCACACCCAUGAUUUUGAUGAUACGCACUUUAACCUUUUCGCCCAAAUUUGAAAUGACAGUGAACGAGUUGUGAAAUCUUAUCACCUGAGCCCUCUGUCUCUGCUGUUCAGAUUUUGUGACUUCCAACCCCCCAAAAAGCUAGUCCGCAAAGUGAUUGUUUUGAAUGACGGACUAGCCUCUAAACUCUGGCUAUCUCCAUUAGUAAAUGAUAAAUAUUGAGCCUUUUGAGUUCGUUGUCAAGGUGCCACAAAGUCAUUGCCACAAUUUAGUUAAAUUAAUAAAAAAAAUUAUAAAAACAUUAAUUUUUAAAAAAAAUAUUUGAACAAAACAAAGAAGGAAAAAGUGGACAACUUCUCUAGUAAGUCCAUUCCAGUAUCCGAUCAAAUCAUUGCACUGCAUCCAGCUUUGAGUAUGACAUUUUGUAAAGUAUAACUGAAAGUUUUUUGCCUCUAUGCCUUGAGCAGCUUUAUGUGUGAACAAGUUGUGGCACUUCUCUGUUGGUGCUCUUGCACAAACGAGGCUCGUGUUUUAUGUCAUGUUAAUAAGUUUGGCGGUUGUCUCACAUGCAGUAAAGAUUAGUGCAAAUUUAUGGUUUAUUCAAUGUUGAAAAGGUCAUUGCUUUUUAAUGCGGGCAUUUUGCUAGAGCAUUGCACUUUUCCAACUCCAAUCGGGCCCCACCUGUCUCUCUAAAACAAACCCUGGGGUCACUCUUCUGCUUGUAACCAUCAAAGCACCAGCAACGUUAGAACACAUUUGUCAUAUCACUGUUCUUUUCUCUCUAUUUAAUUUACCUGUUUUUGUUUGUAUGACACUCUCUAACCUAGACCAAGUAUAACAAAAAUGUCAUUCAUAUGUAUCCUGUUUACUCUCCCUUUCCCCCUUUUGCACUUUUCACUGCCCCCCUUUUUCCAACCACUACCCACACUUCUGCCGAACCUCUCCCUCACACCCUCCCAGACUUUCUCCUGAGUGCCAAAUGACAACAGUACCAUUCCAAACGUUUUGAGUUCUCUUGUAUGUUGGACAUCCAUCGGACGCACCCAUGAAGCCAGCAUGUUACUCCAUAACAUGAUGUCAGUCAUGACGCCUCAACAUUACCCCCCCCCCCCCAAAAAAAAAAAAAAAAAAAAAACCCAAAAAAAAUGCAACCACUAAAAAGUGAGAUCUGGAAUAACACGGUAAAAGGCUGGCUACCUCUCAUAAACUGCUUUUCCUAAUUCUCUGCCAUCUCUUCAAACUCCAGGACAUCACUGAUUGUGUGCCAUAAUGUUGGGAGCACUUGUCACUCUCCUCACCCCCAAGUCUCUCCAUUUUUUCAAUGGGAAACAUUAAACCAACAACAAAAAUAUCAUUUCGAUGACAGCUUUUUUUCUUUAACAUAGAAACAUGCUCAGAAAAAAAAAAACUGAGGAGUGUAAACAUCAGCUGCGCAGCCAUCUUCUGUCUUCUGAACUUUGAACUUUUCACCCCUCAUGAACUUUAUUGACCUUCUUCCUUCCCUUCUGUGUUCAUCAACUGUUUGGACUUAAAAUCUCCAUUCCAUCUCCAAACCUUUUAGAGACUGUGCAAUUAUAGCUGAUCUCAUUGGAUUUCUUUCUCUCUUUUUUUUCUUUUUGUUAAACUCAUCAUUGGGGACAAUUCUCAGAGUUAAAAAAUAAAAGCAAAUGAAAAACAAAAACAGAAAAAAAAACUAUUAAAAAAAGAUCCCAAUUGCUUCUCCACAACUUAAUUUCAUUUAUUUUCAUUGUAAAUAUUUUUUGUCAAAUUUUGUUGAACUGUAACCAGAAGAGCGUUCAACAGAAUGGGGCUGGCAGCAUAAAAUCGGUUUUGUGGAGUGCUUUAGGUGGCAUAGGAUAGAUAUACAGAUGAAUUUGUUUAAAAUUAAAAGAGCAUGCUCUAGAAACAUUCAUAAUUCUCAUUGUAAAAGGGACAGUUUAUGUAGAAUAUUGAAGGUUUCUUUAAAAAUGUACGCACACGAAAUAUUAUAUUAGCGCUUUCAAUCAUUAAUAAUAGCUGCUGAUUUAAAAGAGUUCAUUUAAGAAUUUAAUAAGAGAUUUCUCGUCCAUUUAACUGUCACUUUUUUGCUGAGAUUCAAGCUUUGCUUGUAUUUCACAUCUAGCUAGUUUGUGGUUUAUCAUCUACAAAAACUGCUUUGCAUAUCAAUCAUAACAAGUACGGUUCAUAUCAGUCCAUAUCAAAAACAUUUCUCGCAUUUUAAACUCAUAGUUUCAACAUGUUUUGCACUACUAACAGUUAUUUCACAUUGAACGAGCAGGUUUUACUCCUGAAUUGAUAGUAGGUGUACAUAUCAGAUGUGUUGAGUGCAAACUGUGUCCAUUAGAUGUGUUUGAUAGGAGCAUGAGUUUUUACAUGUCCUGUUUUUUUUUUGCAGGAAAAAAAAGAUCGACCAUUUCCAUGAAUCAUAACCGAGCUUCGUGCUCCACAUCUAAUGUUUCUAUGCUGCCAGCUUUCUUUUCUGAUAACCCUUCAUGAACUUAUUUAUUUUCAAACUACUCUACAUUAUUAAUAAAUGACAACAACUAGAAAAAAAAGGGAAAUGACUGGAAAGAUGAAUUACUGUUUUGUUUUUAGUAUUUUAGUGGUUUAUUUUAACACCAUUCAUUAACUGACUUAAAGAAAAGUAUUGAAUAUUUAAUGUAAUUGUAGCAUUGUGUUUGUAAAAAUAGUGAGUUGUGUUUCUUGAAUUGUGGAUUACCAGUGAAGUCAGCAAUUUAGUGCUAAUAUAUAUUAAGUCGUUUUUUAAGGUUUUUUUUUUUCCGACAGCAACAACAGUCAUUAUAAAUGUUCAUUUUAGCAUCA